AUGCCAAUUUAUGUGAAAUUCUUGAAGGAUGUGCUCACCAAUAGAAGAAAGUUUGAAGAAUUCAAGGUGGUACCAUUGAAUGAAGACUGCAGUGCAAUAUUGAAAAACAAGAUCCCACUAAAGGAGAAAGAUUUCGGUUCAUUCAUAAUUCUCAUAUCAAUAGGAGGGAAGAAGCUAGGUAGAGCAUUAUGUGAUUUGGGAUCAAGCAUUAAUCUAAUGCCACUGUUUAUUUACAAAAAGUUAGGUAUUGGUGAAGCUAGACCAACUACAGUCACUAUUCAACUAGCAGAUCGAUCUUUAACUCAUCCAGAAGGAAACAUCGAAGAUAUCCUAAUUCAAGUGGACAAGUUCAUUUUUCUAGCAGAUUUUAUCAUUUUGGAUUAUGAACUGGACCAUGAUGUACCAAUUAUCUUGGGGAGAUCAUUUUUGAAAACCAGAAGAAUAUUGGUAGAUGUCCACAAGGGAACUAUAAUGCUGAGAAUGAAUGAUCAACAAAUAGAAUUUCAUAUGAAUGACAACAUGAAAUAUCCAGCAGUAGUAGAGGAAUGCUCAACAAUUUAUAAAUUGACAGAGAAUCAACCAACUGAUAGCUGGAAACAGCAACAAGAAGAAGACAGCAGCUGGAAUAAUUGCACUACACAACAAGUAGAAUCAGAGAAAAUUGUAAGAGUUUUUGAAUGA